AUGGGGCGUAAGAAGCGAAACGUCGCUACUCGCUCCAAGGCGGCGACACCUGCUGAUAAUCCUCACCAGCUGCAGCUUUCCGUCGGUACUAAUGACCACGAUGGUGAUGGUGAUGUUAGCUCACUCACUACGGAACACAAAUUGAGUGUGAAAUCGUCGAUUGUUCAUGAGAUACAGCCGAACCUAGAAAACGAAGUCUCGUUAGCGAUUGAAUCAGAUGGUUACUCUGCUGUGAAAGUCGAGUGCGAGAAAGCUCUAAAUGCGCUUCGACGUGGGAAUCAUACGAAAGCCCUGAGGUUGAUGAAGGAGAUGUGUGCGAAACAUGAGAACAAGGCUUACUCGGCGUUGAUUCAUCGAGUUCAAGGGACUGUCUGUGUUAAAGUUGCUUCCAUUAUAGAUGAUCCCAAUGCUAAGCAGCGGCAUUUGAAAAACGCAAUCGAGUCCGCUAAGAAGGCAGUGAUACUAUCACCAAAUUCCGCAGAGUUUGCACAUUUUUAUGCAAAUCUGCUGUAUGAAACAGCUAAUGACGGAAAGGAUUACGAGGACUCGGUGCAUGAGUGUGAGCGUGCUUUAUCUAUCAAGAAUCCAAUAGAUCCUGGGAAGGAGAGCUUGCAGGAUGAGAGCCAGCAGAAGAUCUCCUCAGCAGAUGCAAGGAUCGGGCAUGUCCAGAAUGAGCUUCGUGCAUUACUUCAGAAGGCCAAUCUUGGUACUAUUUCAAGUUGGAUGAAGAAUCUAGGGAAUGGGGAGGAGAAAUUUAGGAUUAUUCCUAUCAGGAGGGCUCCCGAUGACCCCAUGGAUGUAAGAGUAGUUCAAGCCAGAAGACCAAAUGACAUCAAGAAAGCAAGUAAGACAGAUGAAGAACGAAAGAAGGAGAUUGAGGUUAAAGUGGCUGCAGCAAGGCUGUUGCAGCAGAAACAGGAGUUGUCCCUAACCCAAACAGAAGGGGAUAAAGCUUCAGAACCUUCUUCAGGGCCUGGUCAACGAAUUGAACGUAGGAAGAACGGAAAGGUGAGGAAGAAUGCAUCUAAUGCUGAGAGAAAAGAAUCUAUUCUCCCUUUUUGGAAGUCCAUGAGUGUGGAUUUGAAAAAAAAUCUGUUUAAGAUAAAGAUAUCGGAUAUCAAGGCCCAUUUUAGAUCACUAAAAGAUGGGUUGGCAUAUGAAAUCAUUUCUGAAGCUUUAUCCUUUGGUGUGAGUAAUAAUGAUUGGAAAUUUUGGAUGUGUUGUCGAUGCAGUGAGAAAUUUUCAGAUCCUGAGUCACACAAACAGCACAUUAUACACGACCAUGUGGACAGUUUACCCCCAAAAUUACAGGCAGUGUUGCCUCCCAAUGUUGAUAGUGAAUGGUCAGAAAUGCUUCUUACCUUUCCUUGGAAACCAUUAGAUGUGAAUGCUUCAGUCAGAAUGAUUGAAUUGCAACCAAAUUUUGACUGUGUCCCAAUAGAAUGGGAUGAAGAUGAAGUUCACAAGGGAGAUUUCAACCCUAACAGUUGGCCUUCAUCUAAUGACAUCGAGCGAACAAAGCUUCUUGAAAAAAUAAAAUCUUUAUUCCAUUUGCUUAUCAAACAUAAAUGCCUUGCAGCUAGUCAUCUUACUAAAGUUAUACAGUUUGCAAUUGAAGAGUUACACCCUCAGCUUCUUAACUGCAAUGUGGAGCAAUCACCCAUUUGUAUAUGCUUCCUUGGAGCUAUAGAGCUUAAAAAAGUGCUUGUAUUUCUUCAAGAACUUUCUAAUUCAUGUGGGGUAGGUAGGUAUUCAGAGAAAGGUAAUGCCAUGGAAGAGUUACACUUGCAGAGUGUCACACAAGGAAUUGGAAUGGCUGAAAGAAUAGUUUUCAAUGAAGACAGUUCAACUCUCUUGUUGGAUGAGAACAGGUUAUCACAUUAUGAUGAUGAUGAUGAUGAUGAUGAUGAUGACGAUGAUGAUUCUUUUUUGUCCUGGAUAUUUUCGGGUCCCACAAGUCGCGAACAGUUGACACAUUGGACACGAGGUAGAGAGGAGAAGGUGAAUCAAGGAACAGAGAUUGUACAGAUGCUUGGUAAGGAAUUGUCCCAUUUGCAAAGCUUAUGUGAUAGAAAGUUAGAGCAUAUAAACUAUGAAGAAUCAUUACAGUUAGUUGAAGAUCUUUGCCUACAAGAAGGCAAGAGAAGAGAGAAUCCUACAGAAUUUGUUUGUCAAAGUUACGAGUCUGUAUUGAGGAAACGAAAAGACGAGCUUGUUGACCAUGACAAUGAAGUCAACUGUGUUAACAGAUUUGAAGUAGAAGCCUUGACUAACAUUCUAAAAGAAGCAGAAUCUUUGAAUGUUUAUGGUGGUUUUAAUGUGAGUAUGAGUUCUCAUGUAUAUGACUUGGAAUCCGGUGAAGAUAAUUGGAGGGUGAAUGACUAUCUCCAUCAGUUAGAUUCUUGCAUAGAAGUUGCAAUCCAGAAACAAAAAGAACAGCUGUCUGUCGAGCUUAGCAAAAUCGAUGCAAGAAUCAUGCGAAAUGUGAGUGGAAUGCAGCAGCUGGAAGCAAAGUUAGGUCCUUUAUGUGGUCAUGAUUUUGGACUCAUAGUUGUGCCUCUUGUAAAGUCAUAUUUACGGGCACAUAUAGAGAAUUUAGCAGAAAAAGAUGCAACAGAGAAGUCGGAUGCUGCUAGAGAAGCUUUCUUGGCUGAACUUGCUUUAGAUUCUAAAAAGGGGACAAAGCAAAUUAAUAAAAGAAAGAACAAGGAAUACAGAAAGAUGAAGGAUGCAAAGGCUACAAGCACUUGUGACAGUGAAAGUGUUGAUGAAGAUGGUGUUGAUAUGAAUAAACAUGAAGAUGAAGCUAUGAGAAGAAAAAUUGAGCUUGAAGCUGAAGAAAGGAAGCUUGAAGAAACAUUGGAAUAUCAAAGAAGAAUUGAAGAUGAAGCUAAACAAAAACAUCUUGCAGAACAACAACAUAAAAGUAACUCAAGAGUACAAGUUUUUGAUGUUUUCAAGAAUCAAACAAAUGGACAUGUGGAAGAUGGUUCUAGAAAGACUAAAGCAGAAGAUGAUGAUGAAAAAAGAUUCCAAGCUGACCUGUCAAAAGCCGUCCGCCAAAGCCUUGAUGUGUUUCAUUCACACUAUGAAGGUGGAGAAGAAGACUCGUGUGUGACAUCUAUUGAAGUUGUUGAAGACAAUGUAUAUGGUACAGGCUUGAAGAAUGAAGUUGGUGAAUACAACUGCUUUUUAAAUGUUAUUAUACAGUCUUUAUGGCAUUUGAGACGUUUUCGCGAGGAGUUUUUGAGCACGUCCACGUCAGCACAUGUCCAUGUUGGCGAUCCGUGUGUGACAUGCGCAUUACAUGACAUAUUUAAAGCUUUAAACACAGCUUCUACAGAGUCAAAAUCUCAAGCUGUUGCUCCUACUGCUCUCAGAAUCGCUCUCAGCAACUUGUAUCCACACAGUAGUUUUUUUCAAGAGGCACAAAUGAAUGAUGCUUCUGAAGUAUUGGGAGUGAUAUUCGACUGUUUACAUCAAUCGUUCAUAUCAUCUGGUUCUAGUGUUAUUUCUGAUAUUGAGGAAAAGGAAAACAGUGGAAUGGGAAUGGGGGAAUGGGAGUGUGAAAAUAAGGGAAGGUGUACAGCACAUUCACUUUUUGGAAUGGAUAUUUUUGAAAGGAUGAAUUGUUAUAAUUGUGGAUUGGAAACAAGACGUUUGAAAUACACCUCUUUCUUCCAUCAGAUCAAUGCCAAUUCCCUUCGCACCAUGAAGGUUAUGUGUCCAGAGAGCUGUUUGGAUGAGCUGUUGAAUCUUGUUGAAAUGAAUCACCAAUUAGGUUGUGAUCCUGAGGAUGGUGGCUGUGGGAAGCUUAACUACAUUCAUCAUAUUCUUUCUACUCCUCCUCACAUUUUCACAACAGUGCUUGGAUGGCAGAAUACUUGUGAAAGUGUUGAAGAUAUAAAGGGGACAUUGGCAGCCUUAUCCACAGAAAUUGAUUUAAGUGUUCUUUAUCGUGGCCUUGACCCCAACAACAGGCGCAUCCUUGUAUCAGUGGUAUGCUAUUAUGGGCAACAUUAUCAUUGUUUUGCAUACAGCCAUGCUCAUCAACGAUGGGUCAUGUAUGAUGACAAAACUGUCAAGGUAAUUGGAAGAUGGGAGGAUGUGGUUUCAAUGUGUGAAAAAGGGCAUUUGCAACCUCAGGUUCUCUUUUAUGAAGCCGUAAAUUAGUUUCUUUUUUUUAUAUAUAAUAUAUAAUAUAUAAUAUAGUUGCGGAAGCUGUGUAUGAUUAUUAUUAUAUAUAUAUAUAUAUAAGGAAAUUUUGUCCUAGAGUUGGUAAUUUUUGUUUCGAGGUAAAUUAGUCUAGUCUUACUCUUCUAGUUCUAGUUCUAUGAGUGUAUGACCUUUGUAUUUUUGGGUUAUAAUUACAUUACAUUACAUUUGCCCUAUAAAUAAAAAACCCCCAAAACUGGAAAAUGGGC